AUGGCAACCCAAGUUUCCCUCUUCACCCCAAUCUCUCCGCCCAAAAAUCGCCCAUUGAAACAAUCAGCACUGCCAAUUCACUCAAAUUCUCCGUGGCACCGCGGACGGCCGCGGCCACGAGGAACACUGAGGCACCCAAAAGGGGCACCAGUUGGGUUCACCCAAGCUGGUGGGGUACUAAGAAUGGCCCAAGUGAAGGAGUUCUAUGUGAUCAAGGAACAAAUAUUUGAAAUGGUCAGUGGUGGUGCACCCAUAAUGAGCCAAUUUUUGACUGGCCUUUUCACCAAUGACAAUGAUUACUUCCGGUUCGAUGGUCCAGAGGGUGUAGGAAUUGACAAUGAUUACUUUGUAUCGUUUGCCAUAUAA